AAUACACUUUUCCAAGCAUCCAAACAUGAUGUUUCAAAUAAUACCUGGACCUUUCUUCUCGUAGUCCACAUGAACACCACGCUGCAGUCUGUUUCUGAGAAAACCAACUCACCUCCUUGCUGUUUUUUUUUGUCUUUUCUUCUCAAAUUCACAGUGAAAAUAGCCAAAAUCCAAAGCAGAAAAGGAAAUCAAGCUCAUUGCUUUUUCGCAGAUCUUGGCUGUUUUAAGCACUGUCCUCUCAGAGACUUAACUUCGUGCUUGUCACCGAUUCUUCUCAGUUUCCCAUUUCCAUCCUUUGAUCGCUAACAUCGCAGAUUCACAGGUGAGAAAAUUGGAGAAACAAAGAGGACAAACUCAGAGGAGAAGAUGACGGAUAAAGAUGAUGCUAUUCCACCACCGACUGGCUUCAUUUAUGAUCAAAAUAUAGGUAAAAUGGUGAAGCCGGUAAAAAAGGAAGUAGAAAAAAUGGAGGUUGAUGAACUUCCACAAGGGCUUCCUGAAGAAGGGUUCGCAGGCCACCCAGUGGGAUCAAAUGAAUGUACUGAGGAGGUGAGAGUAGCUAGGAAGGCUCUUGAAACAAGCCCUAGCUUAGAAGCGAAAAGCAAGAACUAUGAUCCUAAUUAUGUAGUUCGUGCACUUCCUCGUCAAAAGUCAAGGAAAGCUGUUAGGCCUAGCCGUGUUACUACCAUACGUCAGACAGAGGCAAUGGCAACUAGGAAGGUUCUUGAAACAGGCUCCAACUCAGGAGAUAAGGGCAAGGACUUUGAUCCAAAUUUUGCAGUUCUUGCUCUUCCUUGUCAAAACUCAAGGAAAGCUGCUGCACCUGGACGUGUUGCAGCUGAGGCUUCAUUUGUUCGAGCAAAGGAGUCUAGGUGGUGUCCUCCUCCACCUGGUGUAUACAAAAUCAACUUCCAUGGUUUCUCAUUCUCUGAAUUUGGAGAUGCUGGUAUUGGGAUAGUGGUGAGAGAUUUUAGGGGUGAUCUUAUCGCUGCUAUGUCAAGGAAAGUGAAAUACGGAAGCUUCCCACAAAGCAUUGAAGCCUUAGCAAUUUCAUUAGGAUUACGCUUUGGCCAUGAUCUUGGACUAACUCGCGUGUUCAUGGAAGGAGAUUCUGCCAAACUCGGAAGCGACCUUUGUUCCAAGACCUCCUACCCUUUGCUCAAUAAGGAAAGUAUAGAAAAGUACGAAUUUUUCAAGUUUGCAUAUGUGAAGGAGGAAGCCAACUUAGUGGCACAUAAGCUUGCUUGCUACGCAGUUCGACUUGAGGAUUUCAUUGUUUGGAUGGAAGACCCUCCUGAUUUUAUUGUGAACACUCUUGCUUUGGAUGCCGGUCCGAUUAAGAAAUAGAAGUAUGUACCUAGACAUGGUACGUUUGAGAGACAGUGAGGUUGUUAUAUAACGUGUAACAUAUGGAAAUAAAAAAGAAGAGAACAUUCCAAUGAAAAAUACAAGAAAACUAAUAAUUUUACAUGAUAUAUUUGUAUC